GUGAUACAACUUAAUAUAGAAAUAGCUAAUAUAUUAAGGACAAUCGAGAUUAUUAAAGGUCUUUUAAAACUGAUGAAUAUUCCAAAUAAAACAACAAAUUCAAAAACUAAAGUUAAUGAUUUUCACACAUUAAAUUUAAUACUAAAUGGUAAUAUAGACGUCGCUGAUUACAAUCUGACGCAAACAGAAAAAACGCAGGUAGAUUAUAUUAAAAUGAAUACGCAGCUGUUCGUAAAAUCUGUCGGCAAAUUUGCAAAAAUAUUACAGGAUAUUAUUGUUAUUGUAAGAAGAAAUAAACAACAACCUACCGAAACAAAUCAGGCGAUUGUUAAGCCCAGGAACAAUGUAAUCAAUGAUAGAUACAAGAAAAACAAAGAUGACAAUAUGUUUGAUGCAUUCAAAGGCUUAUUACGAGCAUACGACUUAAUUCACAAUUCGUUUGUCAAGAAAAUGUACAAGAUCAUAAAAACAAUUGAAAAUGUGAACAAAAAACAAAGCGUCAAACGCAAACUAUCAACUUUUGACAAUUUACCAAGAGUCCAAAAUGUGAAUAAAACUUCUAAUAUCAGUGAGAUUUUAGAGAAGCUCACCAGUUUGGAAGGUAGAAUAAAACUAAGAAGUAAAAGAGACGUGAGAAGAGACGAUGCAGUGGAAUACUUAUUAACGGUAAUGGAGUUCUUGUUGAAGCAAAAUUACCGCUUAGAUUCGAAUCCAGCGGACGAUGGUAUAGAUCUGCUUCUAGAUGCUAUUAGAAACACACCGGAUAUAAAAACGACAAAAAAGAAGGUUCUCGAAGACGUUUCUAUUGGCACUAAUGCGUUUCCUAAUAGUGUAAAACUUGAUAAACUUACAGAAGAUAGCGUAUUGAAAUCAGAAACAGAUUCUAAAUACGUGGAAAGCGAAGAGAAAAAAACGAUUGUUUCGACGACCGACAAUGUAGAAGCUAGUGAAGAUGAUGACGACAGAGACUAUGACGAUAAAUAUGUAUUUAACAGGAGAGUAAAAAAGGUAAAAAAUGAUACCAAAAUUGCAUCUUCAACCGAAAAUAUAAUUCACACAACCGACAGUAUAAGGUUAAAUCCAGAUUCUUCUAAACUUCAAAUGAUUAAUUUUGAAAUUAGUAAUAAUGAUGAUCAAAAAUAUGAUGUGUACAUAGCCGAUAAAGAUGUUAUAUUUAAUACAUUUACGGAAAUAACUACCAGUGAUCAAGGGAUAAGAAAAGCAGCUUCUGACGACGAAAUUAUUGAUGCCACUCAAAGUAUUAAUAUGUCAAAACUAGAUUGGUUCGGUGAUAAUGACAAAGAGAUCAGAGAAGUUAGGAGUGAAAAAAAUAAAAUUGAAAGCUCUACUAGUACAGACACUCCAGUAUCUACUCGAUCCACGAAGAUAGUAGAAGACAAUAUAAGUGGAAUAACAAAAGAGAUAAAGGAAGAAGAGAAGAAAACGAAGAGUAUUGAACAGAUAAUGGUCAAAAAGCAAAUGGAAUUAUUAAAUUCUUUAGAUUACGAAACGGAAAGAAUUUUAACAGACACUUCAGAGUCGAAAGAUGAAGAAAAGUAUUCGGAAAUUAAUUCGUACUUCGUUUAA